AUGUAUCCAAAAACAACACCUGGCCUGGAGGACGACAAGAUUAUCGUUGCCAGCGUGGCUGCUUUCUGUGACGGUAAUCGCGGCAUAGGGAAGAACGGAGCAUUGCCCUGGCCACAUCUCAGGGAAGAUCACGAGUUUUACACUGGCCUCUGCAAGACAACGAAAGACCCAAACAAAAAGAACGGUAUCAUCAUGGGUCGGAAUGGUUGGCAAAGUUGGGAGAUAGAGAACAAAACCAACCCCAAGAUGUCCACAGUGGUUGUCAGUCAUUCGCUAAGCACAGAUGAACCCCACUGUCGAGGGGUGGCUGGAAGCUUUGACGAGGCCUUGAGGAUGUUUUACGAGGCGCCUGACAGACAUGACAUCGAGAGUAUCUACAUCCUGGGAGGAAGGCUUAAUUAUGAG